UUACGCAAAUUCCAUCCAAUUUCUCUGCUCAGAUUGGAAAAACAAUCUACUUUGUUCCCCAAUUAUUUCAAUUUAUCCCCAAAUAUCAAAGCCUACAAAAUCGAUCCGACAAUUAUGAAGGGACACAAUCCAGUUGAGGUGGCAAAGACGGUGUUGGAGGUUGCUGACGUGGCAUGGUCAGCCGUGGAACACUGUCAUCACCAUCAUCAUACAGAAACGACGGCGUCAGCUGUAUGUGAAGAAGAUGAAUUGAAAGCGUUGAGGUCUGAAAAUGAACGGCUUAAACGGUUGCUUGAACAGAAUCUAAUGCUUCUUCACAGCAUCUCACAAUCUCCUUCCUUACUUGAACACGAUUGUCCCCCCGAUCUUCAUGAUCGUCUCUUAGCUGCUGUGGAUUCUGGAAGCUUUUUGAAACAGCUGGAAUCACUCAAUCGAAAUUCGGUUGAUGGAAAUGGCUGUCAAUUUCCUUUCAAGGAGGCUACUGGUUCUGAUAUGGAGACGGCAGAACUUCUGGUAAACAUGAGCCUUGAAGAACCAAGUUGGUGGGUUUGGGUGACUGAGGAAAUGGUCCCCAGGAAUUUUGAAGAAAGAAGUGGAAUAGAUACUGAUAAUUACGUGAUUGUUAGUGAGGAGUAUGUUGUAGAUGCAGUUGCCAACUUUAUGGCUAGAUGCGUAGUAUCCAAUUCGAAGGCUCAGAAGAUGUCUCCUGAAGAACUGCAAAAGACCUUGACAAAAGCAUUAGAAGGCACCGGGAAAGUAGAAAGAUUGUUCAAUAUUUGGCAUGCUGCGCAAAUGUUCUAUGUCCUUUCCACCUGGGGACUUGCUGCAGUGGGGUUGUACAAGAGCCGAUCUGUUGUUAGACUUGCUGCUAAAGGUGUUCACAAGACAACCAAAAUGGUUUUUAAGGCUCUUUGAAGAUGCUUCUGCUGUGUGCUUUCAACAGGAUUGGUUGUGUGAAUAAAGCGUGUAAAUGUUAACAUUGUGUACAGUUGUGUAAAUUGAAUCUGCGUCAUGCUUGACUUCGAAGUCAUUUAUGUGGGAAUAUUGUAAAUAUUGUUAAUUUGAAAAGAUUCUUAUUUUGCUGA